GUGCCAGGCUAACACAGUUAGCACUAGCUUCCUUCGGACAGACCGCACCGGUCCGUGUAGCUCGUAGUCUCGCAUCAUGUUCAGAGCCGCCGUCCGACUGUCAGUCUCCGGUGUCCGAAGUUUAACUCGGACGCAACCAGGGAGCCGAGCUCUUCUGGCCUCGAGGUGUUAUUCACAUGGGAAGCAGGAGACAGACGAGGAGUUCGAUGCCCGCUGGGUCACUUAUUUUAACAAGCCAGAUAUUGACGCAUGGGAACUGAGAAAAGGGAUGAACACAUUGAUUGGGUACGAUUUGGUACCUGAGCCAAAGAUUCUCGAGGCUGCACUGAAAGCCUGUCGGAGGUUAAACGACUUGGCCAGCGCUAUCCGAAUUUUGGAAGCUGUGAAGGACAAAGCCGGACCCCAUAAAGAUAUCUACCCAUACGUGAUCCAGGAGCUGCGGCCUACUUUAAAUGAGCUUGGCAUCUCUACACCUGAAGAGCUCGGCAUUGACAAAAUUUAGCAGAGCAGAUCAAAAAACAUACCCUGGACUCAAAACCCUUUUACUUCAAUGUUUGCCUCAUAAAACGGGUGCGAUAUUUAAUUUGGCCUUUAUUAAGUUCUGUUGCUUGUAAAAUAUUGUUGAACAUAAUAAAGGAAACUGUAUGUUUGAGGAUAUGGAAUAUUUUUCAAUAGUCUGAGUAAUUGUUGGAGCAAUAUUUCAUUACACGUUGCUUUAAUAGAGAACAAAGUGUCACCAAAUGGUACAUGUUGUCCGAGUGUGUGUCUUGUAAGAUUCACAUUUUACCACCAGGGAGCAGCAUUUCUAUAUGAAUGUAAAAUCAUUCUACUGUACUCAAUCUAUAUCUGUUUUCUUUUCUUUUUUAUUUCAGGGAAAAUUUAUGUGCGGGUAAAAUAAACUUGUUCAAAGGAAAAA